AUGGUCGAAGAAGUCAAAGAUCACCUCGCUUUUGAAGAACACAAAUGGUACAUUUUUGCACCCCUAUGCGCCUUGGUGGCGUACAAAGUUAUACGCAAUUGCUAUAGAGAAUACCAACUUCCACCUGGUCCAAUUGGCUGGCCAUGGCUUGGUUACACACCGUGUUUGAAGCAAGGUGCUUUCAAGAAUGUGCAAUCAGUCUGCAAGAAAUAUGGUCCGAUAACAAGUUUUCGAGUUUGCGGAAAAAUUAUGGUCAUUCUCAGUGAUGAGGAUACUAUCAAGGAGGCGGCUUUAAGGAAUCGGGCGCUUAUCAGUCGUUAUACAAUGUUGAGUAGUCACAGCCUUGCAAGAGGAUACGGCCUCUUCAACUACGAUGGGGAUAAUGCUUCUUCCUUGAGGCGCGUUCUUAUUGGAGGCAUCCACCAACUUAUGGAAGAUAAAACGGGACAACAGGGUGGUCCCAUUGGUACCCGCGUGGAUUCGGUUCUCGAUGAAAUAUUGGAUCAAGAAUGUGACAAAUUCAACAACUAUCUGCGAAGUAUGGAAGGCAAGCCCUUCAAAGUCACACUUCCUUUUCGGCGCUUUAUGUGGCAUAUAAUAUGGAGGAGUUCAUUUGGAAUGGAAUGCCCGUUGGAUGAAGACACAAUCAAUGGAUUUGCUCAAAGCGUUGGGUACAUCAACGCCAACAUCGGUCCUUUCCAAUACAAGCAGAUGCUUCCUCAUUUUCUAACCGGAUUCGUAAGAAACUGUGAGACACUUCGUCGUGUGCUGGGAGCAGACGAGCUCUGGGACAGGUAUCAAAAAGCUAUCUCCGCUGUCAGGCAAACUGUGGCC